AUUUCUCUCUGUACAUUCUCAUUCAAACUCUCUCUCUCUCUCUCGUUAGGUAGCAUCAUGCAACCUUCUUGCUCGUCUACAUGUAUUUUACAGAAGUACUUCCCAGAGCUUCUUCCUCUUUCUUCUGAAGCAGAGGGAGAUGUACUAUGUACUGAUAUUUCAGUGUCCACUUUCUCUUCUGCGAUCCUCCGAUCGACCCAUGUUCAGAAAAGUCGCGCUAUCUUAAUGCAAGACUUCUUUUCUAAGCUCCCGGGUGUCAUCUUCAAUGUUAAAGUCUUGAGAAGACGACUUCGAUUCACCAAUGUCGCUCAAGUGGCAUUUCUGAGAAGGUGUUUGCAUGGUGGAAUCAAAGAGCAGGAAAAAGAAACAGAAUGGAAUUCUGAUGAGGGAGUGGAUUCUAAGGCAGGGAGUUCGAGGGGGUUGAAUUCUUGGAAUGACAUGCCUAAGUUUCUCCUGGCCGGUGCGGUAUCUACCAUUGUUUCGAGGACAUGUGUGGCCCCUUUGGAGAGAAUAAAGCUGGAGUGUAUCAUCCACGGAUCAAAGCAAUCGUGGAUCGAGGCCGUCCAAUGGAUAUGGGCGUCGGAAGGGGUGACCGGGUUCUGGAAGGGGAAUGUGUUGAAUCUCUUCCGCAUGGUACCCUUCAAAUCCAUCAACUUCAUCUGUUAUGAUAUGUACUGCGAUCGCCUCCUUCGAAUCCGGCAAAACAAAGAAAUCACCAACCGUGAUAGACUCAUUGGUGGCGGCAUCUCUGGCAUCACGGCUACCAUACUCUGUCUACCUCUCGACACAAUCCGAACGAGGCUGAUUGCACAAGGGGGCCAAGCUCUUGGAGGUGUAUCAGGUUGCUUCUUCCACAUGAUCCGCAACGAAGGCAUUCUCUCUCUUUACAAAGGCCUCACCCCGGCGCUGAUUAGCAUGGGCCCUGGCAGUGCUGUCUUCUAUACUGUCUACGACAUUCUCAAAGUUUUUCAUCUCUCCCACAACAACAACGACAACAGCAAGGGAAAGGAAGGUGAGUUGGGUAUAGUGAGGGCAUUGGUUUAUGGUGCCAUUGCCGGGGCGUGUGCCGAAACGGUUACAUACCCUCUGGAAGUGAUUCGAAGGCAGCUUCAGCUACAACGAACCACCAGGUUUGGUUUGUUUGCUGUGUUCGUUAAGAUGAGAGAGAGAGAUGGUGGGCGAUCCCUUUUUGCUGGUCUCGUCCCUAGCACGCUUCAGGUAUUGCCGUCUGCAUCUCUGAGCUAUCUCUUCUAUGAAAUGAUGAAGUCGAUUUUGAAAAUCGGUUGAUUUUGUUAAGAGAAACGAUUACAUACAAUCAGUUUUGACAAAGAAAAAGUGAGCAUUUUAACCCGUCCUAUACAAUGGGUUGAAAGAAUGAUUUUUUUCUUCUUCUCAUGAAUAUUAUGUUUUUCAUUGUUUGUAUUGUAAAAGUUGUGAAAAUUGUCCAUCAAAAUGACACCUUCUCUUGAAAAGUUGUUCUUUUAAUAAGCUACCCAAAAACAUUUUCAUGAAAAUCCACUUAAAGAACAAACGAUGUACAUUAACAAGUCCUCUCAGAAUUUUUGCUAUUUUCCACAUA